UCUCUCCUAACAAAAAACUAAACUUUCUCUCUCUAAAAACUCCUUUUCUCUCUCUCUCUCUCUCUCUCUAAAAACCCCUUCUUUCUUCCCAAAGGGAGAGAGAGACGACUGGCCCAGCAGAUCGAAAAUCUUCAUUGUUUUUCUCAUAUCCAUGAACUGAUUAUCAAAGCUCCUUCAAUGGUGUUGCUCACCAUUAUUAUUACUAUCAAUUAACACUUGUUUCAUCAACAACAAGGAUUAUGAUGAUGUGGGUCUAAGGUAAAUUUAAAAAUUUACUUGCAAGUUCUCACCUUUUUGAUUCUUGGAGGCUUUGGGGAAUGGGGACAGAAAUACACUAUAAGAACCCGAUUCCAGGAUAUUACUCCAUGAGAAAUGCCAAUGAAGAUUCCAAUAAUAGCAGCUGGCAUCUCUUUAACGCCUUGACGAACGGCCAUUAUUACGAUGGUUUUACUCCAAGAACCGUCACGGAUGCGUAUUUAGGUCAAGAUAAAGAUGAACUAAAACAAAAAAUGCUUCAACACGAGGCCAUCUUCAAGGACCAGGUUCAUGAACUCCACCGUCUUUAUAAACGACAAAGAGACAUAAUGGAAGAGGUUAAACGAAAGGAGCUUCAUAAAUAUCAUGUUUCUAUCGACACAUCAUCUUCUUCAAACCUCAUGCCGUCUCAAAAACCGUAUGAAGAUGCUCACAGGUGGCAGAAUCCUAACUUCCCAUUGGGUAACUCUACGUCUAUACCAACCAUUUUUGGAGCAGAAAUAAGUAAUUCGCCGUUAAGCUGCUCAAACGGGAACGGUUCAAAGGAUUGCGAGGCUGUGGAUUGUAGACCUUCGAAAGUUCGGAAACGAUUAUUUGAUCUUCAACUUCCGGCCCAUGAGUACAUUGAGCCAGAAGAAGCUGAACAUAUUGCAGAUAACCAGAUUUCUGAAAAUGGGUUUGUAACUAAAAAUGGAGGUAAAUCUUUUCUUGAUGAUGGGGGGAAGAACGAUGGUGACAAAAAUACUGCAUCUAACGGGCUGGCAGAUCUUAAUGAACCCGUUAAUGGUCAGGAUGUUGACUUUCUUGGUCCGGCUGCUAAACCAGCAGGAUUCAGUAAUUUACCAUUUGAGGGUAAAAAUAAUGGAAGUGAUCGGUUUUUUUCUUGUCCGCGUGAAGCAGGGAAUGUUAGAAGCAAUAUGAACCACACAUCUCAACAUUUGCAUGGUAAAGAAGUUCAACAUCGAGGAAUCUAUUCAGAAAUUUCUUCAAAAGGUCACGAUAAUUCCCAUUUUAAUCAAAUCCCCUUGCUCUUUAACCCUCCUAGAUACCCGUUUACUAGUACCAACGAUAUAGCGAAUUCAUGGGGUCCACCUUGGGGAAAGUCAAAUGAUAGCUUGACUCACAAGUUAACCAUGUUUCAAACACACUCGCCUUUUAUAUCAUCUCAUAAGAGCCAUGAGGUUUGCAGAGACAAGUGGCAUAGAAAUGGCGACGGGUUAUAUAACGGGUCAUCAUCUGGGUCAAAAGAACCGUUCGGUAGAUUGCAUUCGGUUGGCUUUGAUUAUCGGAACUGCAAAGGCCCAAGCUUUGUUGAUUUAACGGGUACUACCAAAGAUACGGAUUUAAAUUCCGUUCAGAAUUGUUCUAAUGAGAACGAUAAUUCAAGAAACUGUGACCAAACAGUGCCGCCAUGGUUUAAAGCUAAACCGGUUGGUGAUGUGGCAAAGAAGAAAGAUGAUUCUUUGGGUACUGAUAAAAAGUUAUUAGUAUUUCCGAUUUUUGGAAACUUUUGUACUUCGAAAAACGAUGAUUCGUCUGGUGGUUUGACCUCUGCAUCGAUCGAGCACAGAGGAAUUGACAUCAAUGUGGCUUGGGAUGAUGAUGAUGAUGAUAUGGACAAACAGAGUGAUGUCAAGAAAGAUGCGGAAAUCAAGAAUCAUUUUGACUUGAAUUCGUGUGUGACCGAGGAUGAUGAUUUGUUAGUAACGGAGUCUUUUAAAAGCUUAAAAAAGAAAACAAUGGAGAUAGAUUUAGAAGCACCUGCUGUUUCGGAGAUUGACGAAGAAGAUGAACACAAGGAAACCGAACUAAAACCGGAUCAUCUUGAGAGCAAAGAGCUUGAAAAGAUUGCAGCCGAAGCAAUCGUUGCAAUAUCUACUCAAGCAGCCGAUGACGACAAUGACAAUGACAACGACGACAACAACGAUGAUCCACUUUUAUGGUUUGUUGAUGUGAUCAAUUCUUGUGACAAAGACGUAGCUUCUGACACCCGUGAAAUCGACGAAUACGAGAUGUUGACUUUAGAACUAGACGAGACUAAAGAAGAAGAUUACAUGCCAACACCAUUGGUUCCUGAAUUCGAGGAACCAGAUGAAGUGGGCCCCGAUUUAACAAAUUGUAGACCCCGCAGAGGGCAAGGGAGGAGAGGUAGACCCCGCAGGGAUUUCCAAAGGGAUAUCCUUCCGGGCAUCACUUCUUUAUCCAGGCAUGAGAUAACCGAAGAUCUUCAAAUAUUUGGAGGAUUGAUGAAAGCCACGGGUCAUUCUUGGAAUUUAGGAUCAACAAGGAGGAACGGGAAGCGACAUGGGGGCCAGGGUAGGCGGAAGGUGAAGGCGGUGGAGGAAACUCCGGACGCCGCUAUAUCACCACCAACACCGCUGAAACUGUCACCGCUGUCUAAGCGGGCUAAUAGUGUUGAGGUGUUGGGAUUGGAUGAAAGAAGCUUAACAGGGUGGGGAAAGACGACCAGACGACCUCGACGGCAAAGAUGUGCUGCUGCGAAUUCUGUUGCUGUCCGGAUAACCUGAUCUUUGUGCAAAGUGAUGAGUUGUUGGUUCUCAUGAGUUUAUAUUAUUUGAAACAGAUGUCUCAUGGUUUCUUUGUGAUUCAUACUAUGAUCAAGUUGACAAAUUUGGUUCGGGAA